AAAAGGAAAAAGAAAAAAGAAAAACAAUUAAAAAAAUGGUCGAACUCCCAAUCCCCCAAAACCAACCCGACGACCCGCCCACCUGGCAUCCCGACCCAGACCGUCUAACCCUAAUGCAGCACCGGAUCUCCGACCCGCCCCGCAUCCUGACCCGAUCCGCCGGCCGGAGCUCGUGCUCCAUCUUCACCGUCCCCACCACCCUCGCCGCGGCCAACGACGGCCGGGCCUACCGGCCCCAAAUCGUCUCCGUCGGGCCCUACCACCACGGAGACCCGGGCCUCCGCAUGAUCCAAGAGCACAAGUGGCGGCUCCUCGGGGCCCUGCUGGACCGGGCCCGUGUCGGGCUCGAGGACCUUCUUCGGGCCGUUCAGCCGCUGGAGGCCCAGGCCCGGGACUGCUACUCGGCCGCUGUCCACGUGUCAGCAGAUGAGUUUGUGGAGAUGCUAGUGGUUGAUGGGUGCUUCGUGGUUGAGCUGUUGAGGAUUUUUGGGGGUUUUGUCGGGUCGGAUGCGGGCGACCCGUUAACGUCGCUUUCGUGGGUUUACCCGUUUUUCCUGAGGGAUUUGGUGCGGCUCGAGAAUCAGAUCCCGUUUUUCGUGCUCGAGUGUUUGGUGGAGGCGACCCGGGAGAAGGGGGUCGGGUCGGAUCCGGGCCUGCCAGAGCUCGUGCUCAGGUUCUUCAAUAAUGCCCUGCAGAGGCCUGAUGAGUUUGUUGAGAGGUCCCGAAACCUCACCGGGAAACACCUUCUCGAUUUCCUUCGGUUAAGCCUCAUACCCGAAGGCUACGACGAGCCCGAGCAUAGCCGCUACACGAACACCCAUGUCAUCCCCUGCAUCUCCAAGCUUGUUCGGGCCGGGAUUAAGCUCCGGCCCGGCCCGAAACACGAUAGCUUCCUUGCCGUAAAAUUCAAGCGCGGCGGCGUAAUCGAGAUGCCCACGAUCACGAUCGACGACUUCAUGUGCACGUUCCUACUGAACUGUGUGGCUUACGAGCAGUGCCACAAGCACUGCUCGAAGCACGUGACCACUUACGCGACUUUUUUGGAUUGCUUGGUGAACACGGCACGGGACGUGGAGCAUUUGUGCGACCGGAACAUAAUCGAGAACUAUAUGGGCACGGACGCUGACGUGGCGACGUUCGUCAACAAUUUGGGUAGGGACGUGUCGUUCUACAUCGACGCGUGCUAUUUGUCGGGUUUGUUUAACGAGGUUAACGAUUAUUACAACAACCAUUGGCACGUUCAGUGGGCGAGUUUUAAGUACAUGUAUUUUAACACGCCGUGGUCGUUCAUAUCAGCAUUGGCGGCGUUUGUGCUGCUCGUGCUCACGGUGGCUCAGACGUAUUUUACGAUCAUGGGCUACGUUCGCCCGCCUAAUUAGGAUUNGUGUGUGUGUGUGU